AUGGACCAUUCUACUGCCGCCCAGCGGGUUAGGGCAGUUGUUAUGGGGUUUGUAACCGCACCUGGUGGAGGGGUGGAGGAGCGAGGCCACCUGGGUUCUGAGCCUGAGGAUGUCCCCGCGACUUUAGGAGAGGAUGGAUCUGAGGCCGACUAUAUUCAUUGUCCGGAGAUCUGUCUCCUUUAUGAGACCCGAUUAUCUGGUGAGGGGCUCAGCCGGCUGAGGCGGCGUAUGGAAAGGGAUUGGGAGACCUAUGCAGUUGAUUCCCAGGGGUUGUCGGGAGGGAUUUUGGUUCUGUGGAGGCGGGGUGUGGCGACGAUUGAUGUCUUCCACAACUGCUCUCAACAAGUAAUCAUGGUCAUAUCAACACCCGACGCUGCUCCAUGGGUUCUGUGUGGUGUAUAUGCUAGCACGGAUCACCGGGUCAGGAGGAUCCUUUGGCAGGAGAUUACCGAUCUGACCGCCCAGGGUAUUCCGGCGGUAGUGAUUGGUGAUUUUAACUGUAUUCUGAGUCAGGAUGAGAAGCGGGGGGCGCUGCCUUCACGGAUCGAGUGGACAGGAGGGAGUUCCUCUUGGGAUAUUGUUCGCGAUGCGUGGCGGAUUCCUGUGCAUGGCGAUCCCAUGCAACAGGUCUCACGCAAACUCGAGUUGACCAAAAGACGCCUUCGUCGAUGGAAUCGUGUGGUUGUGGGUGAUAUCUUCCGGCGACUGGAGGGCGUAGAGUCCUCGAUCGCCGAGCUGCAAAGGAAGGAAGAUUUAGGAGGUACGCUCCCAGAGGUUGAUAUGGCUGAUCUCCGGGGAUUGCUCGCAACCCACCACUCGUUGUUACGUCAACAUGAGAUCUUCUGGCGUCAGAAAUCUCGCGUGCAGUGGGUUAGCGAGGGGGAUCGUAAUACUAGAUUCUUCCAUCGGUCUACUAUCAUACGGAGACGGAGGAGCAUGAUUCACUCUCUGCGAGAUGGGUCCGGACACCGGGUAGAGAGCGAGCCUGCUAUCCGCCAGUCCUUACUUGACUUUUUCCGCACUAGAUGGACGGUGGAUGAGGAGGCCAGCGAUGGGGACCGCCCGCUGAGGGUGGAUGUGGGCAUUCGUGAUGUCGAGAGUGUAGCCUUGGCCGGUGUCGACGUUGGAGGUACAGGAGGCAGUCUGGGACAAGGCCCCGGGACCUGA